AUGUUGGGAACAAGACAGAAAGCCUUUGAUUGGAUAGUCAACCAGGAUCCAAUGCAAUUAACGUAUGAUGCUCCCAAUUUGGUUCAGCGUUUUCUGCUGGUGCUCUUCUAUUUUCAGACAACAAGGCACAAGCCAUGGAGAGAGUGCAACCCAACAGCAACUGGCCAAGAGAGUUCAUCCGUUACUAGUAAUUUCUGCUAUGAACCUGAUCGUUUUUCUGGUGAGAUAACCUCAACCAUCUGGGGGGAACGGUGGCUCUCUGCCAGUCAUGAAUGCCAGUGGGCCGGAGUGACCUGUGAAACUCAAUUGUCGACAGAGAAGACGGUGUUAAGGUUGGGCAUUUCUUGGAAUGGGCUCAAUGGCCAUCUACCAUGGGAGAUUGCACACUUAUCACAGAUGACCCGGCUCGUCUUAGAGCACAAUGCACUGACUGGAGCACUGCCACCAUCACUCUUUUCCAACCAAGCAGUCCCUGUCUUGGAGAUGCUUGGGUUGAGUUGGAAUGAAUUCACUGGGACAAUCCCCUUGAGAUGGUUUGACAAUCUCCAUGGAGGAACUGCAAAACUUUCCACCAUUUGGAUCUCCUCAAACAGAUUGACUGGAAAGAUUCCUUCUGAAAUGGGGUUGCUUCCAUUGAAGGAACUACGUCUGGGCAAGACUGCUCUGACAGGAUCCCUGCCAAUGGAGAUAUUUCAGAGAGCUUCUCGGGUUGGUAUUCUGGAUGGAAUUCAACCUGGUGAAGCUGUACUUGGUAGAGCUCUGGAAAUCUUUGAUUUGAGUCAUACUGGCAUUUCAGGAACCCUUCCCUCCGAAAUUGGUCUGGCAAAUGCUUUGAAAGAGCUCAUUGUAGACGACACAAAUCUGAAUGGAAAGCUCCCUGAAGAACUGUAUGGUCUCGGGAAUCUCCGGGCGUUGAUCUUGAAUGGGUGCAACUUAACUGGGACCAUCAGUUCAUCACUUGGUCUUCUGACAGAUCUCUAUGAGCUGCAUGUCGCCGACAACGACUUCCAUGGCACAAUUCCCCAUGAGAUUGAAGCGCUGACAGAGCUGAGCCAGCUACUGGUGAAUGGGAAUGAAUUCACUGGUACUGUUCCUGUUUCCAUUUGCAAAGACCGUUUUGUGGCGGUGGAAGAUGUUGCCAUGGUUGUGGCAGACUGCUUGCCCAACGAAGAGACUGGGGCUCCCACAAUCGAAUGUGCUGCAGAUUGCUGCACUAGCUGUUGUGACAGUACAGGAGUUUGCCUUUCUACUUAG